UCAUGCUCGGGGCGACGUGGGAGCGGAUGGGAGCCAGCGAAUCAUGGGCGCAGAGUAGCUGGCGACUGCAAUUCCAAAAGAAUGACUUGCUUCCGUGUUACGCUGCCUGACGUGGCGGCCGUGGACGACGAUAGCGCGCCGAUGUGAUGUAUCAUUUUUCAUGUUUCCUUUUAUUCCCUUCCCUUUGUUUCCCGUCGUCGCCCCCUUCCGCCCCGCAUAAAAAGGGCACACCCUGGGCGGGGCGGUGAUGGGCCCGACCAAUGCAAAAAUCUUCAACCCGGCCGCAUGCAUGACGCAGGCGCCGGCAUUGCCGAUCGCCUCCCACGGUUCCCUGCGCGCCGUCACGUCAACUUGGAUGCGUGCGGAACGGCGGGCUGGGAUUUUGGGGUGGCUUUGCGUCUGCCUCGGCGCGAGGGAUGCCUGACGUGGCUGGAGCCGCGAACGGGCGGGCUGGGGCAGGCUGCAGCACGCCGGCCCGCGGGCUGCUUCCAGCUGCUGUGCCAUCAUGGCCCGUCAUUCACAGAUACAACCUUUGCUCGACGCAACGAUGCCACGCUACCCCAUAUUUUGGCGGCGCUGCCCUUUUUUGGUGAGGCGGAAGGGCGACGAGGAGUGGGGGAACUCGCGCAUGACUGCGACAGGAACCCGCGUAUCGAAAGGGCAGACGCAUGCAUCUGUUGUUCCUGCUGCAGUGCAGCGCUGUGCUCCACACCUGUCCGUGAGUGGUGUGCGUGCGUGCAUGCUGCGUGCGUGCGGGCUGGCGGGUGGCCGCCCGGGACAGGCAUAAGAGCGUGCCAGUCGAUACGAAGUGCCGCGGGUUUUUUCCCUUUGUAUAGCUGGCCGGUGCUAUGGGCUGGGGUUCCUUCGUAUGACCUGACAACUCUUUUUUUUUUUUUUUCCCUCUUCCUACAAUACUCUCUCAGGGCCCCAGUUUCAUCGUCCCGGGCUCCCUCACGGCUGCCCGUCAUAGGCGCAUGCGCCGACAUUGCACAAAGACGAGAGUUGGCAGCAGAGUGGGUGGGCAGAGAGAGGCAGCAGGAUGCACGCACGUCGAGAACGCCGACGACGGCGUCACGCGACCGGCGUACAGCUGCUGUUGGCACACAGCGUCCGGGAGCUAUUUGAGAUAGCAAGCUUGCUUCUGCUGCGCGUACGACAUCUCGCAGCAGCAGCAGCAAGAUAUGGGCAGCAGGAGAGGCUGCACGAAAUCUGCCGGGCAAACAGGACAGGGCGCGAGAGAAUCGGAUCU